UACAUGGAUUAACAGGCUUCAGGCCAGAGCAGCACAGAGAGCAAAGAGACGCUCGAAAUACAGAAAACACAAACAAUACCAGCAGUGAAUGUGGAAGAGCUGGAGGCCGGACUUUGUGUGGACUUCGGAUGGAUCUGCGGGGGUGGAGAGAGGUCGACAGUCAGGCCUGUUCCUUGGAGGCUCCUCGGCUCCUGCUGGCCUCCUCUAUGGCCAUCUGGCUGCCAAAUGCUGGAAAUGAGCCUGUUUCUUGUUUCUUCAUUUAAAUAAUUUAUUGUAGCUUUCAACCAAGACUUAAGAACAUAUUUUUGCUUUAAGUUGACCCAGCAUUAUUUUAAGCCAGCCUGGCAUGCCUGGUUAUAAUCUGUAUAACCUGUAGCUUCAUUGAGCCAGCUUUCACAUGGUCACAGCUUGUAAGUGUGCUUGUAGCUUUUACACCACAGUUUUAUCAGGAAACAGUCUGUUUGUUGCUGCUGUAGCGUUCUGCACCACAAGGGUAAACAUACAUAUCCUCGUAAUGGAUCCUGACAGAGAAGAAGCUGAAGUAUUUUCGGACCCGGAGGACCCAUUUGCUCUAACAGCAGAGGAUAAGGAACAGCAGGAGGAUGAAGAGGAUGAGGAUGAUGAUGAGGAAGAUGCCAGGAUAUUCAACGCUUGGAUGCAGCGAUACCGGGGAGGGGAACAGCAGAGUAAAGUAGGAGAGGAAGAAGAUGAAGAUGACGAGUCAGAGGGAGGAAGACUUAAAAGCAGAAGCAGCCCGGAGCCUCCGGCCGCGGUAAAGUCGGGCCGCCGAGCAUCACUGCCAUGUCCGUCCACUCUGUCGGCCAUGCAGCUGUCUCGUCUCCACUCAUCCACUCAGGCUCCGGUGACGGCGAGGGUUUUGUUGCGUCGCUCUUCCUCCCGCCGCCUUCUUCCAUCACCUAUGGAAGCCGCUGUGCCCACCUCAGAGCGCAGGCAAUCUCUCAUACCCACAAUCCCCGAGGUUGUGCCACCUGAGAGGCGGGGACAGUUCAGAAGACGUAACGUCAUGUCGCUGAGCGAUGCUUAUAGUGUGUGUCUGAUCUGUCAUAAUGACUUAAAUAACGGCGCUGGCGGCACCAGAGAGCUACAGUGCACACACACCUUCCACAAAGAGUGUAUCGAGGAGUGGUUGUGGAGGAAACAGUGCUGUCCAACAUGUCAAGUUCAGGUGUCCAUGCCACAGCCAUCUUACUGGAGCUCCAGCAGGGUCAUAAUCCCCUAACAUCACCAAGAAAAACAUAAAUUAAACUGGACUUUAUUGGAUAACCGCUUUAUUAAAGCGCAGUGAAUUUAUCAUUGUCUUUCAGAAUAUUAUCAGAAGAGGAGUGUGACUUUUGAUGCAAAACGCUAUUCAAUAGAUUAAAAGACAAAAAGAUUAGCACUCAGUAUUUAUAUAAGGAAACAUCCUCUGUCUUUUAUUUGUCUCCAUUUUGAGCCACACUGGUUUCAACAACCAGGUUAUCCUGAGAAUAAGGGAGUGUAUUCCCUGUUUUAACACCCAUAUCAUCUCAGUGUGAUACAAAUAAGUCAUAGUGAAUUAGAAACAUAUAGUAAAGGACCAACGCUGAAGCUGGAGAACAGGACUCUGGCCAAAAUAACAUCUCUGAUGGACAGAGUCUCCCACCCCAUGCAUGUAAAUGUUGCUGAACUGCAGAGCUGCUUCAGUGACAGACUGCUGCAUCCUAGAUGCAUGAAGGAGCGUUUCCGCCGGUCCUUCCUCCCUGCAGCCGUCAGACUGUACAAUCAGAACUGCUCCCAACAAACACAGAUGUCUACAUCAGCGCUGUAACAACUUCUACUGUUAUAACUUGCACAUUACUUUUCUCAGCUUAUAUAUACACUAACUUAUUGGAAGUUACAUGUCUAAUUUUUAAUGCACAGGUACAAUAAACAAUCUGCACUUUUCUAAUUAUUCUAAAUAUUCUUAACUAUUUAAACAUCUUUCAGUAUCCUGCUCCGUUUGCACACUAUGUGUACGCUAAUUUAAAUAACUGUACAGUACUCUGCUCUGGUAACUAUUGUCCAUGAUGUAAAUAUGUAAAAAUUGUGCUUCUGUUCUGUGUCCUGUUCUGUUUGUAUAUGUGUGUUUUUGCUGCUGAUACAACCAAAUUUCCCCUUGUGGGACAAUUAAAGGAUUAUUCUAUUCUCUAUUCUAUUCUUCUAGUUUCUUCUGCUAGUCUGUUAUGCUCUGUUUUUAUUUGUUUUUUCUUGUUCUAUAUUUUGUCAUUUUAUUUGUCUUUUGGUGUGAAUAUUCCUAUAUUUUAUUUGCUGAUAAUCACUCAGUUAUCUCUGUAAUCAAUUUUAAACGAACUCUACCAAUAAAUGAACU